UGCAUGCAGCCGAAAGCAUUUGGCAUAUGUGGAGUCUUAGGAGGGACACAGGCACUUGUGCUGUGCUUCCAGUGGGAGGGAGAACCUUCAGAUCUACAAAGGCACAAGCGACCAGCUCAGCUGUUUGCAGACUUUAGAGUUCCUCUUGCCGUUUUAUUUAAGUAUCGCUGGACCCUUCUUGACAACUCGUCUGCUGGGGAUAACGUGCAGGAUGUCCGAGCUCUCUGUGAAUGACCACUUAGAGGGGAUUCUGUCUGAUUUUGAAGCUCUGAAACGGUCUUUUGAGAUCGAUGAUGUGGAAGAUGGAUCAUUGUUAACACCGACUUCUCCGCUGAGCUCGCCUUUUACUCCUGCUCCAGGGUCUGUGUUGUCAUCCAAAGCCACUGAAAGCUUUGUCACCAGUACGCCCUCUCCACCUUCUUAUCGCAUGAGGAUCGGGAGCAGUUCAGGUUCAAUACCGGCCAUUGGUUCAUCUCAGUACAGAAAAGUUACAUCAAGCCAAUCCUUUAAUCAAGGGUCUAAACCACUUCCCAGAUCUAAUGGAAGUACUGCUUUAGCUUAUGUCUCCUCCUUCCAAAACAGAACAAAUCCAAAUGGCUUCCCUUACUCUUCCAGACCGGACAUUGAGAUUGACCGUAUGCAUGGUUCAACAUCUAGCCUUGUGUAUCCAUCUCCUUCGAGGAUGAACUCUUUGUCAAAUCCACUUCAAAGCUCACCAAGACGCCAUGAUUCAGGGGCUAAAGCAAACCAUGUGUCCUCACCAGUUUUGAAGAAAUAUUCUUCACAAAGCAACGUGUUCCCUUCAGUAGUCCAACCUUCUACAAUCUCUACCAAUGUAGGCACAGCCAGUCAUGGUUCCAUGCCAGCUCUUGAUCUCCACAUUGCUGAUGAAGACCUAAACCUGGAGAACAAACCAGCAUUCAAUCCAUUGCUCAAGUCAAAUGCAGCUCUGCACUCCAUGCCGAUGUCUCAACUCACACAAUACAACGUCCAAAGCCAAGUUCCAAAGACAAGAAGGGAACCAAAAGAGGGACGCAUCACUUUGGCUGACACGCUCUCCAGUUUACGAUUCAAUUCUAUACCAAAUCAGCAAGAACUAAAGUCUGCACCCAAUGAUUCAUUUUCCAUUAAUCUUGGUGACGCAGUGAAUAUAGCUCUGGGCAAUCCGAUUCCAGCUGACGACCAUACUGCGAGACCGCAAACAAGCCAGAGUGUAACAAGUGUCAGCUCAUCCUCAGUUCCCUUGACAAGAUCAAAACAACAGGCUGUCUCAUCGGUUUCUGUGUGGAACAACGUACAACGAUCUGGAGAAUUCACUCCCCCUGCUCCGAAUGUCGAGCCCAGCUAUCAAUCCGUGCACGACUUGGCUCCAGUCAGGUUGGCGACCCAGCUGCAACAAGUUUCCCCUCACAUCUCUGUGCCAGGGUUUGAAACAAAGCUAGUGCAGGAUUCCAGACCACUUGAGGAUCCAGUGUUGUCUCCACAGCCAAAGGAAAGUCCUCAAUCUGACAUGAAGACACAUCCUUCCUUCUUAAAAUCAACUGAUGUGGGGAUAAACUAUCUCAAUCAUGACUUUCAACCAACAGUGAGUCUCUACCAUGAUGGAAACAUGGAGAAGGGAAUGCAGGAUCUAAGUUUCGAAAGAGAAGUAAACAUGCAGCUCAAGAAGCAAGGAUUAGAACUCAAAGAGGUGAAAACAAACAUGGCGGAGAGAAUGCAGGAGACAGGAGUUGUUUGUUCGCCAGACUGCAAGAAGGAUGGCACCGGAAGAGAUCUGUUUGGAUAUGUGGGGAUUGAAGCAGUUCUGGAUCAGAUGAGGCGUAAAGCCAUGAAAACUGGAUUUGAGUUCAACAUCAUGGUCGUAGGUGAAAGUGGGCUUGGAAAGUCAACAUUAGUAAACACCUUGUUCAAGUCGAAAGUCAGCCGGAAAUCUUGCACACCCAACUUUACAGAGAAGAUUCCCAGGACCGUAGAGCUACAGACUAUUAGUCACGUUAUUGAAGAAAAAGGAGUAAAAAUGAAUCUGACGGUUAUCGACACGCCAGGGUUUGGGGAUCAAAUAAACAACGAGAACUGCUGGGAGCCAAUUGUGAAAUACAUUAAUGAGCAGUAUGAGAAGUACCUGAGGGAAGAGAUUAAUAUCAACCGGAAGAAGCGGAUUCCUGAUACUAGAGUACACUGUUGUGUCUAUUUCGUGCCUCCCACAGGACACUGGUUACGUCCAUUGGACAUAGAGUUCAUGAACCGUCUAGACAAAAUAGUCAAUAUUGUCCCAGUUAUCGCUAAAGCUGAUACACUCACUUUAGAUGAGAGACGAGACUUUAAACAAAGGAUUCGACAGGACCUGAGAAACUAUUCCAUUAGUGUUUAUCCACAGACAGAAUUUGAUGAAGAUCCAGAGGACAAAUUGCUAAAUGAUACAGUGCGGGAAAAAAUCCCCUUUGCAGUCGUCGGCACCGACCAGGAACAUCAAGUUAAUGGGAAGAAGAUUUUGGGAAGGAAGACCAAGUGGGGGAUUAUCGAAGUUGAGAACGGUGCACACUGUGAAUUUGCAAAUCUAAGGGAUCUGCUGAUCAGGUCUCACCUCCAGGAUCUGAAAGAUGUCACGCAUAAGAUCCAUUACGAGACCUACAGAGUGCGACGAUUGAACGAGAGCAAUGGCAUCAGCAAGGGGUUGCCGAAAGGGAAUAAUAUAGCCACCAAAGAAGAUGUGGACAUCAAUCUCUGAGACCCUGCCCUGCCAGCCAAGAAUAAACUGUGCUUUCAACAUCUCCUCUGCAUUGUACAGUUUUCGUAUUUCAGAUAGAACUGGAGACAAAAAAAAGUGUUUUCUGCUUUAAAGGAAGGCUGUGGGCUUUGAGAGUUUCUAUGUAGAUUGUUUAAUAGG